GAUAUCUAUGUCGCAAACAACAAGACGCAAAGCACGCUGAGAAGCGUGGCUUGAUUACACUAAACGUUUGCGGCUGUCGAACCAAAUAAUCGACUAGUUUCUCCAAUUUUGGCUGCCAAAAUGGCUUCAACGGCAGCCGGCAAGCAGCGAAUCCCGAAGGUGGCGAAGGUAAAAAAUAAAGCUCCGGCGGAGGUGCAAAUCACCGCCGAACAGCUUCUCAGGGAGGCCAAAGAACGAGAGCUAGAACUUUUGCCGCCGCCGCCAAAACAAAAAAUCACCGACAAGGAGGAACUCAACGACUACAAGCUAAGGAAGAGAAAGGCGUUUGAAGACAACAUCCGAAAGAACCGUACUAUCAUCAGCAAUUGGAUAAAAUACGCACAAUGGGAAGAAAGCCUGACAGAAGUCCAGAGGGCGCGCUCUAUUUACGAGCGCGCGCUGGACGUGGACCACCGCAACGUGACCCUGUGGCUGAAGUACGCCGAGAUGGAGAUGAAGAGUCGGCAGGUCAACCACGCCCGCAAUAUCUGGGACCGGGCCAUCACCAUCCUGCCCCGCGUCAACCAGUUCUGGUACAAGUACACGUACAUGGAGGAGACACUGGGUAACGUGGCGGGCUGCAGGCAGGCCUUCGAGCGCUGGAUGGAAUGGGAGCCCGAAGAGCAGGCCUGGCACUCCUACAUCAACUUCGAGCUGCGCUACAAAGAAGUGGACAAAGCUCGCAGCAUCUACGAACGUUUUGUCAUGGUGCACCCCGAGGUCAAGAACUGGAUCAAGUACGCGCGCUUCGAGGAGAAGCACGGCUACAUCGCGCACAGCAGGAAGGUUUUCGAGCGCGCCGCCGAGUUCUUCGGCGAGGAGCACAUCGACGAGAACCUCUUUGUGGCUUUUGCGCGCUUUGAGGAAACGCAAAAAGAGUUUGAGCGCGUGCGCGUCAUCUACAAGUAUGCGUUGGACCGCAUCCCCAAGCAGCAGGCCCAGGAGCUCUUCAAGAACUACACCAUGUUCGAGAAGAAAUUCGGAGACCGGCGGGGAAUCGAGGACGUCAUCGUCAACAAAAGGAGGUUCCAGUACGAGGAGGAAGUCAAGGCCAACCCGCACAACUACGACGCCUGGUUCGAUUAUCUGCGACUGGUGGAGAGCGACGCCGACCCCGACACGGUGCGGGAGGUGUACGAGCGCGCCAUCGCCAACGUGCCGCCCAUCCGGGAAAAGCGCCACUGGCGCCGAUACAUCUACUUGUGGAUCAACUACGCCCUCUACGAAGAACUGGAGGCCAUGGACGUGGAUAGGACAAGGCAGGUGUACGAGGCCUGCUUGGAUCUGAUUCCUCACAAAAAGUUCACUUUUGCCAAGAUCUGGCUGCUGUCCAGUCAGUUUGAAAUCAGACAGAAGAACCUGCAACGCGCCAGGAAGAUCAUGGGCACGGCCAUCGGCAAAUGCCCCAAGAACAAACUCCUCAAGGGCUACAUCGAGUUGGAGCUUCAGCUGCGCGAGUUCGACCGCUGUCGCAAGCUCUACGAGAAGUAUUUGGAGUUCGGGCCGGAGAACUGCACCACUUGGAUCAAGUUCGCCGAGCUGGAGACCAUCCUGGGCGACGUGGACCGCGCCCGCGCCAUCUUCGAGCUGGCCAUCUCGCAGCCGCGCCUCGACAUGCCCGAGGUUCUGUGGAAGUCCUACAUCGACUUUGAGAUCGAGCAGGAGGAGUUCGGGAACACCCGGAACCUUUACAAAAGGCUGCUGCAGCGGACCCAGCACGUCAAGGUUUGGAUCAGUUACGCCAAGUUCGAGUUGUCGCUGGAAGGCGAGGAGCGCGUGCGCAAGUCCCGGCAGAUCUUCGAGGAGGCCAACAAGAGCUUGAGAAGCUGCCAGGAGAAGGAGGAGCGCCUCAUGCUGCUGGAGUCCUGGAGGGACUUUGAGGCCCAGUUCGGCUCCGACGCCUGCAGGGAGCGCGUGGCCAAGCUGCUGCCCGAGAAGGUCAAGAAGAGGAGGAAGCUUACCGCCGAGGACGGGUCGGACGCCGGCUGGGAGGAAUACUACGACUACAUUUUCCCAGAAGAUGCCGCCAACCAGCCCAACCUUAAACUCCUGGCCAUGGCUAAGAUGUGGAAAAAACAGCAGCAGCGGACGGCGGAAGAACCGGACGUUCCGGAAAAUGCCCCGAUGGCCGCCGAGGCCGCUUCCGGAGACGUGCCGGAGGAGAGCAAUGUGACUCAAGACGAGAAUACUUAUGACGACAGAGAUGACAGUAGUAGUAGUAGUAGUAGUAGCAGCAGCAGUAGCGAGCAGGAAGAGGAUGAAGACAAAAAUAAGGAAAAGAGCGUAAGCCAAGAUGACCAUCGUUGACCAGACUUGCUUUCAAAAUCACAUCAACGAGACUCAAACUAAGGACACACGUCAACAACCUUCCUGUUGCCGAAACUGCUUUAAUGUCCCUUGAUAAAUGAUUAUUGACAGCCCUAGAUGUCCAGUUCAUUUGGACGCCUAGUGCCAUAAAUGACAGCCAUGGACAACAAUAGACGUCCAAUUCAUUUAAACUGGGAGGGUUCGUGUUUAGUUGAUAUUUUUUUUUUGUACCCUUGUUUAAAAUGUAAAAAUUAAAGUAUCAGUGGUUUUCAACCUUUUCUGACUCUUGGCACAGUUUUACAUUGGGAAAAAUCUUGCGGCACAUCACAAAUGAAAAAUGUUCCAAAAUCACUUUCCUUACAGUACACUUAAUUAUAACGUUUCUCAAUAUUUAUGCUCAACAUAUAGCUUACUUUCAGCAACUUGGCCGAGGUCAAGGGCUUAUGCUACACUGUUGCCUCUUUUCUUCCCUCGUGGAAAACGAGGGUUGUGGAUUUUGCCACCUUGGUGUCAAAGGGGCUCUUGGAGUCUUGUCAGUCGUGUUAUCAGUUGGAUAUCGGGCAUUCUCCGGUGCUCCUUGUGUUGGGACAGAACGUCCCACCGUUAGUUCUGGGCUGUCCGGGAGAACUGAUUGUGGGAGUUAGUGGUGCAGACGUGGGCUUGUAGAUGUCUUGCCUUGUCAGCGUCAAUCUUGCUCAGCCAGUUGCAUGACGCACACGGGCUUCCGUGUUAAGAAGGCAUCAUGUAUCUCUUAUGCCCUAUAUUCUGCUUGUUUUCCUCAAACUAUGAUAUAAGUGCUAGUCUUUUUGAAGGCUCUCGCGGGUGGGCUGUGGGCAGAAGAAGGGCGUGCUUGGGCGUUGUGUGCGUUUAUUGUGUGUUUGUGGAUUGGACAGCAAGAUUCGGGAGUUACUGUUGUCCGGGCAACGAGGGUUGUGGAUUUUGCUAACUCCGCGUCAAAGGGCCUCUUGGAGUCUUGUCAGUCAUGUUAUCAGUUGGAUAUGGGCCGUUCUCGGGUGUUGGGACAGAGUGUCCCGCCAUUUGUUCUGGACUAUUUGGGAGAACUGAUUGCGAGAGUUGGUGCAUCAAUCAUCAUGAUCCACACGUUGGGCUUCCGUGAUAAGGCGUUGUCUCUUUCAUACCCUACAUUCUGCUUGUUUUCCUAAACUAUGGGAUGUGUUAUUUUAUAUUAGGUGUGUUAGAGUAAUAUGAACAGUCGAUCGGUAAAUACGAGAAUACUAUUUCCUGAUUGAUUUGUGUUAGAAUAAUGCAAACAGUUAAGACUGUGCCUACGUCAGAUCACCUUCACCCCCUAUUAAUCGGCCCUGUGUCCCGUCAAUAUAUUAUAAAGUCUAUGAAACCGGAGCCAGCCCAAUGUUAUUGGAAAAAUAGCGAUAUUUGAUCAUUUUACGCGGCACAACUGAUGAUCUCUCAGAGCAUGCAGGUUAAAAAACACUGGAUUAAACAAAUUUUUGAAUCUUUUUCUUUUAAAAAUAUAUUAUUUGAAAUGUUUUUUUUAAGUUUGAAAAUAAAGGAAAUAUUUCUGAAUUAUUUCCUUUAUUUUUCUUAAAGAUUUACUUUUCACACUUUGGACAUCGAUCGCCGUCAAUGGCAGCUAAAAUAUGAUCAUUCACAUCGAGCCUUCCCGAUUCAAAUAAAUUGAGGUCAUUCCGGUUGUAUUUAUGACUGUUUAUUUUUUCAAAAGUUUAUUGAGAAUGUACAACGAUUAAAGAUUUUCCUCUGUGA